AUGGCUUGUGCAGAGAGCCAAGGUUUUCGGAUACUCUCCAUCCGUAGCGAAGUGGUCAAGGAAGGGAGCGACCCUCUGUACAUUGCAACGGUGCAGACGUUCGCAGACCGCGACCUUUCGCGAAUGCAUACUGGUGGCAGAGAACAUCCUGCACUCGAGACGAUCUGGGGACAGGUCUACGUCCAAACUGGUGGAGGUCUGGGCUUUGCCUCGUACCAUUUUCACCAUCCGGGUGAGUGCUACAUCUCCUACGAGAGGGCGAACAACAACACCUUCCCGAAGCUGGACGACGGCAGCCAGCCCCCCGCGAAGAAGUACUUCGAAGAGGUUGCCUACGACCCAGGAACCCGCUGUUUUCGAGGAGUCAUUGACUGGUCUCCAAGCUCCUGGCAAGGGGACGAGAAGUGGGUGUACAACAUGGUCUUUUCUGCAGAUCUGGACAGCAUUGUUGCGGGCACCGUGCAUGCUAUCCCUGCGAACAAAGCAAAGCAGACAAAGGAGCUGCGCUUCGGAGUGAACCUCCACUACCACCUCCUUCGUUCGGCAUGGAUCAUGCCUGACGAUGUGAAGGAGGCCCUGAUGCAGUCCGGGGCCGCCGCCUCGGAUGUCGAAGCGGCGCUGGGUGCAGCUGAGGCAGGCUCUGCUACGGAGUCUUCCAGUGUGCAGGCCUCGUCUUCGAUGAUGAGCCGGCGACGCACAGUGCGCUGGGCCAAAGCCGUGGCGCUGAACCCUACGCGCGAAAGCUGGUCUCGCCUGGACGCCAUAGGAACUCUGCAGAGGCUUGCCACGCCUCCCGUCGCUGUACCCCAAGCAGAAGACGCCCUGUACUCCGUGCUUUUGGCCACCGCCAAGCAAACGGAAGGAGAUCUCCAGAGCAGCGCCGAGGAUGCCCUGCGCGCUUGCUGGGAGGACUCCGGAGAUGCCAAGGUGAAUGCAGAGAUGGCUCGAGGAAUUGAGCUGCUGGACGACCAGAAGGCGGAUGAGGCCGUAGAAAGCUUCACGCGCGUGACGGAGAUGGCGCCCAACUUCGCGGAGGGCUGGCACAAGCUCUCCAUUGCUCACUAUGCGAAACAGGAGUUCGAGAAGGCUGUGGAGGAUUGCCGGCAGGCUGGGUUUUGCCUUCCCAAGAAAAGAGGGAGGGACUAA